UAAAUAUAAAUAAAGACAAAAACAAACAGUGCGAAAAAACAGAAUAAAUGUGAAAAGAAUGAAAUUCCGAUUUCAAAACGAAUUGCCCCAAGUUAAAAACUGAAAAAACGCUAAGAAAACAAACAAACAGAAACAAUAUUGAGAUUCACAGAAUAAUUGCAAUGAUUUCUGAAUAAACUGAUAAAAAACUUUUAUUUCACAAAAGAAAAGGUUUCACUUACCCUUCUUCUUCUUUGGUCAGCAUUAUUUCUUCAAUCGUUUCUUGGGUGUGAUAUUAUCUACAUGAUUAUGGAAAAUUGAAAAAAAUGAUCUGGACAAAAACAUCAUUAUCGAUGAUGAUAAUAUCAUCAUCAACAUUAAUCAUACAAUUAUUAUUUAUAAUUAACAUACCAUUAUCGGUGGUCGAAGGAAAAUGUCCAUCAAAAGCAAACUCAUUCUGUUUACAGGUGGAUGGUUUUGAUUCAAUAUUAUUGGAUGGAUCACAUUUCACCAAUAUAUCGAAAGUAUUCAGGCAGAUUGCCUUCUUAUUCGAUGAUGAUCAUGAAUCGAAAGAAUUGGAUCAAUUUAUAUUGAUCAAUAAUUUUAAGCUUGAAAAACUUGAUCGAAAUGUAUUCUGUGAUUUUCGUUUUCGUCAUAUUGUGAUUCGUAAUUGUACACGUUUGAAUUCAAUUGAUCGUGAUGCAUUCAAUGGUACGGCACGUUUUGUUAAAUCAAUUAAAAUCGAUUCAAUCGGUCUAACCGAAACGACUGCUGAAGAUUUCUUUGAAGCAUUGAAUUCAUUGGAUAAUCUGGAAGAUUUGGAAUUAAAAAAUCAUCGUGUAUUGAAUAUAACGGAAUAUACGUUUCGUCAGAAACGUUUGAAAUCAUUACAUUUAGAUGGUCCAUUAGAAAUAAUCAAUAAUAAUGCAUUCUUCUAUACGGAUAAUUUAUCCAUUCUAAAGCUAACGAAAUCGAUACGCCGUAUUAAACAACAUGCAUUCCAUUUUCGUUUGGCCAGCAAUAAAACAUUGGAUCUUUAUUUGGAUGCCAAAAUUGGUUCAAUGGAACGUCGUGUAUUCUUGUCGACACAGCGACCAUUAACCAUAAAUUUAUUCCUAAAUAAAAUGUCAAAUUUUGAAGCUGCCAUUUUUCGACCGGUACUGAUGGAACCAAUAAAACAUGAGCUCAUAUUACAUGGCAAUCCAAAAGAGAUGCGUAACCCUUGCCAAUUAUUAUGGCUGUUUCGUAAUAAACAUCGUUUUAAAGGUGUUUUUCAAUUCAAAGAUGAACCAAUGAUUGAUGAAUCAUAUUUUGAUCAAUGGCGUUGUUCAAAUCAAAUGAUACAUGGUUAUCCAUCAUCCGGUGGUGGUACAAUCGUAAUGGAUAAUGGCCACACAACAAAUAAACAUGAUAACAAUGAAAUACAUGAAGAAAUGAAUAAUAUUGAUCGUGCCGGUAUUGAUCAAUCACAUAAUCGGGCCAUUUCAUUAUCUACCAUUAAUCGGUCAAUUAUUUUUGCAGAAAUAAUCGUUAUCGUUAUGACUGGCAUUCGAUUAUUAUUAUAACCAUGAUGAUUUUUCUUUGAUUGACUGAGAAAUUGUCAACAAAAUAAAAAAAUUAAAAAUUAUCUCAAUAUACAAUACCAAUAUGUCAUCACAUAGUGACAACUUACGACAUUUAUUCUGUCAAUCAUCAUCAUUGUAAUUAUCUAAAAAAACAAUGUUGAGAGAAAAAAGUUCAUCAUAUAUAAUAAAUACCUCGUUAUUAUCCAUUCGAAUAAUUAUCAUCAAAAACCUAUCAUCAUCAUAGUCAUGAUUACAAGUUGUCAUCGUCAUAUUCAAUAUCAAUCAUCAAAGAAUCAAUGAGACGACAUCGUUUGGCCAAAUAAAGAAGAUAUAUAUUUUUUGUUGUUGUGUUUCAACUUAUUUUACGGCUAAAAUGUUGACAGAGAAAAAAAAUAUGUUGUGACAAGAAAAAAAACUAAAAGCAAACACGAAAAAGAUACACACCCAAAAGCAUAACUAUGUUGACCAAAGUUAUUAUAUUGAUACACAAAUCAUGCUGUCGUUUUUUUUGUUUGUUAUGUUGUUGUAAAGAGAAUUAGAUUAAAUCAGUGUUUCGAUGAUUGAUUGACAUUCUUUUGUUAUUACCAUCAUGAAUCGGAUUGAUUGAUUUUCGUAAAAAUUGAAAAAUUUAAAAUUUCAGUUUUCGAACAAUUUCGUGUACAACGAUAAUAACAGUAACAACAACAACAACAAUGCCAUCUAUCUGUCAAUCGACAUUUUAAU